UCCCACGGAUUCGCCACCGAAUGCCUUCAGUCCUAGCCCAAAUCCCACACCCCCCACCAGUUCAAAUCUGAGCCCCGCAUUCCCCAGAUUCCCACGCCAAUCCGCCGCAAUGGCGGCCGCGGUCUCCAAAUCCGCCACCAAGGCCCACCCCCGCUCGCCCACCACCGCGCCUCCGACCCCAAACCCCGCCCCCACCUCCUCCUCCGCCGCCGCCGGCGCGGCGCCGUCCAAGAACGCGGCCAUGGCGGAGCUCAAGUCGCGGGUCUUCUCCGCGCUCGCCAAGCUCGCCGACCGCGACACGCACCACAUCGGCGUCGACGAGCUGGACCGCUUCAUCCGCGCGCCGCCGUCCCCGGACGCCGUGCCCAUGCUCCUCCACGCGCUGGCCUCCGACGCGCAGGGCCUCGCCUCGCCCGCGCGCCGCGAGUCCACGCGCCUCCUCGCCAUGCUCUGCGCCGCGCACCCCGACGCCGCCGCGCCGCACCUGCACAAGGUCAUGGCGCACAUCGCGCGCCGGCUCAAGGACCCGGCCUCCGACUCCUCAGUGCGCGACGCCUGCCGCGACGCCGCGGGGCAGCUCGCCGCGGUCUACCUCCGCCCGCUGGCUGCCUCGGCCGCUGGCGAUGCGGGGAAUGGGACGGUCGCCCUCUUUGUGAAGCCGCUCUUCGAGGUCAUGGGAGAGCAGAGCAAGACUGUGCAGAGCGGGGCUGCCGCCUGCUUGGCAAAGACGGUGGAGGGGGCAGGGCCGGGACCUGGGGUGUUGGGGAUGUUUGGCAAGCUUGGCUCCAGGGUUUUCAAAUUGGUCGCCAGCCAGGGUGUGCAGGCCAAAGGGGCACUGCUCAAUGUCAUUGGAAGCCUAGCUCAGGUUGGAGCUAUCAGUCCCCAGAAUAUGCAACAGACACUGCAAAGUAUCCGUGACUGUCUUGAGAACAGUGAUUGGGCUACUAGAAAAGCAGCUGCUGACACAUUGUGUGUCCUGGCUACCCAUUCAGGCCACCUGAUAGGUGAUGGGGCCGCUCCAACCAUAGCUGCUCUGGAGGCUUGCCGUUUUGAUAAGGUAAGGCCUGUCAGAGAUAGCGUGACUGAUGCAGUACAGUUGUGGAAGCAAUUGACAGGUGAAGAUACAAAUGCAGAUGGUAAAAAUAAGGAACCAACUGGCAGUGAAGCGAAACUGGAUUCGCCUAGCAACAAUGAGAAAACAAAGGGCAGUAGCAUAGCUGAAAAAGCAGCAGUUCUCUUGAAGAAAAGACCUACACUAAAUGACAGGGAACUAAACCCUGAAUUUUUUCAAAAGCUUGAGACUAGAACCACAGAUGAUUUGGCUGUUGAGGUGGUAGUUCCCCGCAAGACUCUACAAUCUCAUUUGCAAAGUGAAGAUGAUCCAGACGAAGCAGAUGGCGAUCCUAUUGGUCCUGCUAACAGCAAUGGCUCAGCAGAUGAUGAAGGAAGUCUCACUCAAGUGCGUGCUAGCUCUAAUUUUCAAAGUGUUAGAAAUAAAUGGGCUGGCCAAAGAGGAAAUAGAAACAAAGAUGCAAAGGGUAGGGUAUCUAAUGCUGAAGAUAGGUGUGAAACAAGUGCAAAAGAUACUACACCAAUGACUAUCCCAGGAGAUGGCCCUUUCAUAAACAAUAAAACAAACUGGUUGGUGAUACAGAAGCAGCUGUCGCAAUUGGAGAGACAGCAAACAAGUCUCAUGAACAUGUUACAGGAUUUCAUGGGAGGAUCUCAUGACAGCAUGGUUACCCUGGAGAACAGAGUACGCGGUCUUGAGAGAGUUGUUGAGGAAAUGGCUAGAGAUAUAUCACUAUCGUCAGGCAGGAGAGGUGGUGGUUCAUCUCCCGGCAGAUCAUCUGCGAAAUACAAUGGUUUUCAUGAGUAUUCUAAUUCAAAAUUUGGUAGGGGCGGUGAUGGAAGGAUGGGAUAUGCAGAUAGAUAUUUUUCUGCAGAUGGUAUGGCUUCUGGCGUAAGAAGCCCGUCCUGGAGACCAGAUUCUGAACAAUGGGAUUCAUAUGCUUAUUCUGGAUCACGAAACGGAAUGAAUUCCAGAAGAGGAUUGGAUUCAUUUUCAUCUGACAGUAGGGUGCCUAGAAAUGGUAAUGAUCAAGCAGGUCCGAGGAGAGGAUGGGACAAAGGACAGGGGCCAUUUCGGUUUGGGGAGGGUCCUUCUGCUCGAAGUGCAUGGAGAGCCUCGAAAGAUGAGGCGACACUGGAAGCUAUUAGAGUAGCUGGUGAAGAUAAUGGAAGUUCAAGAGCUGCUGCCAGAGUUCCUAUUCCUGAACUGGAUGGAGAGGCUUUGAAUGAUGACAAUCAGGGGGAUGGAAGAGGCCCAGUUUGGGAGUCCUGGACUCGUGCGAUGGAUGCUGUUCAUGUUGAUGACAUGGAUUCGGCUUAUGCUGAGGUUCUUUCAACUGGAGAUACUGAACUACUUGCAAAGCUAAUGGAGCAAACUGGACCUGUCGUCGAUCAACUGUCAAACGAGGUUGCAAAUGAGGUCUUACAUGCUGUUGGACAAUUUCUUGUAGAAGAAAGCUUCUAUGAUAUAGCUUUGAGCUGGCUUCAGCAGUUAGCUGAUCUGGUAAUGGAAAACGGAUUCGACUAUCUUGGAAUCCCACGAGAUGCGAAGAACGACCUCUUAUUUGGACUUCAUGAAGCUACCGCUAUUGAGCUGCCCGAUGAUUGGGAGGGUGCAGCACCUGUCCAGAUAAUGAAGCAGCUAGCCUCGUCAUGGCGCAUCGAUCUGCAGCAACUUCUAAAUUAGAGACAUCGGUUGCUUACAUGAGUUGAUUUCAUUUGUUCAUUAUCCCCUGUCUUUUGGUUUGCUCUGUUGCUAUUGUAGGAGUAUAAUUAAAUGAUUAUAUAUAUGAGAGAAUGAGAGUGGAGAAGAGGAACUGUGUUGACAUCAUGACAUGUAUUGGUGUUGUUGGGUCUUGGGUGGUGAUAUGAUGUUGAUAUUGUCUUCCCCAUGUGUAUCUCAUAUUCCAGUUUGUGGAAUCAUUUCUUGUCUUGUA